AUGGAGGUUCAGCAGAAUCCCGAAGCUUUGCCGCAGACAGACUACUGCGACAUGGACCUCAUCAGAGAGUGUGGCGAGAGCACGGCGUCCAUCUGGCUGCAGUUCUUGGGCAAAACGGAGAACAAAGUCAAGAUGCUCAACACCAUUGUGGCCUUCUACAAGAUCACAGCAAAAAUGUGCCGUGCGUUGGAAAUAUUUGAGGAGGAAUACAAGAAGGAGGAGGACAAACUUGACCCCAAUUGUGGGAUGGACAAUUUGACCUCCAUGAUCAGGAAACACCUGAAGCGAAAGGAAUCCUUCUUCAAGGUUAAAAUGUCACCAUGGAAGAUACAAGGAGAGUUCCUAUGUUAUACUUUUAAACUUAUUGUGUGUCAAGAGUAA